UUAACAACAACCAAACAUUGCCAGUAUUAAGUAAGAGACUAUAAUAUCUACCCGGUUCUUAAGUACGUAACAGAUCUACCCGAUAAUACAUUGAUAUACAUGUAUGGUAUUGGUUUGGCAAGUCCGUUGAAUAUUCGAUCAUUGUAUUGGGCGUUAUAGGUCAGAGUAUAGAAUUAAAACUUCAGUGCCUUCUGGUCACUUCGGCACUUCGUUUGGAUACUCCUGAAAAUAUGAGACAUUGGAUUAACACGUAGGGUACAGUGUGUUAAGUUGUGUGUGGGCUUGAUGGGGGAAGGGGUGUUGAAUUAUGCCUGGAAAUACUCGUCACAAAUGGAGAGGAAUAAAGAUGCCGUGCAGGAUGAAGGGAGCGGCGGUACAGUGCUGUAUGUGCGUGGUGGGCGUGUUCAUGUUCCUCGGGGGCAUCAUCAUGACCGCGACGGGCAUCACCCUCAUCCUUAACUACGGCCUCCUCGACAUCGAGCUGCUUCCCCCUGAUCUGGACAACGAGGAGGGGAAGCGAACUGUGGGCAUUAUACUUACCACGUGCGGCCUCCUGGCCGUGCUGGUCAGCGUGAUUGUUAGCAUCCUGUACUUGUGUAAUAAGACUAAACCCUCGGUGAAUCCGGACGAUAUGUCGAGGAUUCCGUCGUCUGCUCGGAACAAUACUCCCGAUCGACCGGAUUAUCAAAGACGUCAUGACCGAGGCAACGAUCGUUUCGAUAGACGCUCAAUAAGCAGUAUAAGUGCAAAAGUUGGAAACGGCCAUAGUUCAGCCGCUACCAGCAGGAAUCCAUCCAAGGAAAUUUACUCAGCGGAAGUUCAGCACAGGACACCUAGAACCCGUGCUCAUCGAGCUAAGAAGCAUCAAGCGCGACACAAGCACCGCCUUGAUCAGAUCAAGGAGGACGCUAUAUCCCGUAAGACGGUAGAUGGCGCUAUAGAAGAGAAUGAGUACAUGGAGACAACGAGAAGCGGCUCGUUCUCUAGUGAAAUGACCUUGGAAGACAGACAUAGACUGCCGAGAAUUAUCCAUGACCACGUCGACAACAGGGAGGUCGAGCGGCCGCCGAGCGCUGACAGCGCUAGUACGUCACAGACGAGCGAUAUUAGCGGUUACAGAUAUUCCGGGGAGGCGGAUAAAUCCCGGCGAGAAUUACAGUUUCUUCCAGACUCGAUGUAUAAAGAUUACCAGAGACAGCUCGAGACCAAUUCUAAAGACAGCGCCUCUCCAGACAUGUACGAUGAAACCUCACUCACAGAAAGCAGAAAUUUCGACCAGUGUUCAUUAACAAGUGACAAUCUUAGAAAAUUAUCUCAGCAAAAUGAUAGUCCUCUUUUGCCAGACUUUCAUUCAAAAACAAAUCAUUCCGCGGGCGGAAUAACAUCAUAUGACGGUGGUGCCGAAUUAGAUUCACCGGAAGCGCCCAGUGCAGACGACAGUGUCGUUAGCUAUAAAGCGUCUUAUCACACAGAACGUCACGGCGAGCAGACGACAGGAAGAAUAUCACCUCAAAUAGGAGAGCCAGAACAUUAUACAAACGUUGAAGCAGUGAGCAACAGUGGAACCAGCCUUAAGAGUUAAUAUUUUAUUAAAUUUGUCUGAUACUACUUUCCCAAAAUGUAUGACUAUCAUUGCCAAGUAUACAUAAUUUUGCUCAGAUAAUGCAUGUUCAUCCUUAGGAAUACAAACGGCGCCGUGUUCGUUUAUUUGAUAUUCAAAGAAAGAAAAAAAAAUGUAAUAAAAGAGAGUAAGAAUGUUGGCAUUAAGAUGUCUUGAUUCAGAAUGCAAUAUGUUCUCUGUUCAACAGGGUCUUUAAACAAACAAUGUUCAUCCCUUUAACGUCGGCAUUAUUGUUUCAUGUUUUGAUCGUUUAUAAUAUUUGAGGGCAUACUGUUUAUAUACAUUGCUCAUCAUUAUCAAUGUAUUGUCUGGCAUAAUACUCCAACAAAUUGUCCGCGAAACGUAAAGAAAAUACACGACAAUGCUAGUUUGCUUCGUUUAAAGGAAAAUCAGCGACCAUUCAUAUAUAUUGCUGGUAUACUUCAGUGUGUAUAUAUGCAUACUGCUACCAGUAACGUUUCAAUCUUUUUAUAACAUGAAUCUUUGUUUAGUUUGUUAACAAAUCUGAUACUUUUAUUAUUUAUAUUUCUGUGAAUCAGGUAGUUUUAAUAUUUAGUUGGUUGUCUGUUUACUAAUAUUGUACAUACAUAUAAACAUACAUGUAUACAUAUCAAUGCACUGUCGAUCUCCCUUGUGUAAUAGAGGCCUAUCUCAUCCAUUAGAUUGUCACUGUAGAAUGAACGUUGUGUGCUUUCUCCCAUAUCAUGAUAGUUUUUAUAUUCCAAGUUAGUUGUUGAGUUAGUUGGGGGAAUGCUAGAGAAUACGGUCGUUAUUAUUAUUAUUAUUAUUAUACACUCUUGUGUUUUGUCCACAUGAUAAGAAUCUAGCAGUUUUUAUACAUCAGAGAACACGUUUUUAUUUCAUGUCUCAGUUUUUGUUUGCUAAUUAAAUGGCUGAAAGUCAUGAAACUAAACAAAACCCCACACUCUGUAACUGUUGCAUUUGUGUUGUUAAGUUUGUAUAUUAGGCGAUAUAAUGGUUAUAAUGUGAUAGUAACUCCACAAUCCCCAAGGGUAUGUACACGAAUCAUGGUCUGUGUUCCUCCUUCGUCAUGUUUAAACCUGUUACAGUAGUUAAAAUAGUAUGUGUAUAACUAUUUUGAAGACAAUAUUUCUUUUAUAUUUAAUUAAAAACAGAAGUACCUUCGCCGUCCAUAGUAAUAAAAUGAUAUUUUAUUUGUUUAUGGAGUCAAAUGCUACUAUAGUUUUCUCAAUAGUCUGGGUACAUGGAUUUAUUAUUUUUUAUAAUUUGUUUCCCAAAAGGUGAAAAUCACAGUUAAUAUGUAAUAGUUAGGACAUAUUAUGUUAAAUAUUCAUUAUUAAGAAGCGCGGAGAGAGCGAAUCUGGCGACCACUUUUUGCAAUUACUAUUUCACAAUGUUCCAACUAACUUAGAUAAUAACAUAUUUUCACCAAGCGCGGAACCCAAUUAUGAUGUCAUAUCUGUUUUGUUCUUAAUGGCCGAGUGUGGUACUUUCUUUAAGAGUAUAGCCUACUUUUACAACCACCAAUUAGAUAAAGUCUAUCGUUGUGGGGGAUUUAAAGUUUAAACUAACCUGACACUUCAGUUAACAGAUUGAAACAGAUUAAAAUAAUUGCAUGUAUUCAUAUGUUCUAAUGUCUGACAAUGAACUUGUAACAUGACAAUCUCUUUUAUAUAUAAAUGAUACAUGUAUUGAAUGUUAAUACAGGUAAUCUAUGCAAAAAUAUCUGCUGACAUUUUUUUUUUUAAUAAUUAAUGGUUUUACACCAUUGUUAUUGAACCCUCAUCAAAGAUACCAAUAUAAAACAAAACAUUUAAUUAACGACCUUAUGUUUUAUGUUAUCCGAUUUUCAAGCGGAAUUAUACCUAUAUACUGUUUAAGCAAAAAGUUAAAAAUCAGGACGUAGAAGCUUAAUUUAUGUUAUUUUAGAACAGAACACUAAAUGUUGACUGAAAUAUAUCAUAUGCAGUGUUGUAAACCACACGUUUGAAAUUUCCAUAAGAACUAGAGGAUUUUGGUUCUAGUUUAACAUGGGAAAUUGAUUAGCCACAAAUAUGACAAAAUAGGGAUAUUUGCUAUUUACAAAGGUCAAUAGAGUUUCUAAGUGUUCAAUAUACACCAUUUUGUAAAGUUUGUUUUCUACUGGUUAGGUAAAUUACAGGCUGCAUACUUCAAACUUUAUACUUUCAACAUGCGGUUUAUGUUGACCUUUUGAUAAAUUAUGAAAGUACCUGUCCUCAGCGAUCAAAGUAGGCCAUAGGUUUUUCUUCAAUGGAAACAGCUCAACAAACCAUUAACCUUUCAUGGGUAGAGGCAUUUAUAUCAUGAACUAUAUCACACACCCACAUUUAUUAAGUAAUGGUUAUGGCUUCUGUCCCGAUGUAUGAUCUUUUUUAUAGCAUAUAUAUAUAUAUACACUGAGAUGUUUUUAACUUUAAAAAAGUUAUAUGUGAUAUAUGUCGCAUUUCCAUGAGGCAAAAUGACCAUGUCAUGAUUUUACAGUGAUUAUGUUCUGUUAUUAUUAUGUUUUCCUUAUUUGAGUAAUAAAUGUAAAAUAUC